AUGUCGCUAUAUCCACAUCUCGGUUUAAUCGAUAUAGGUGCCAAUAUUGGUACAUAUACAAUGUUUAUUGCUGCGAUGAAUCGUUUAGUAGUAGCAAUCGAGUGCUUUCCACCAAAUUAUAUGAGAAUUGCCAAAGCUGUUCAGAUAGAAAACUUGAAGAAUAAAGUAAUUCUCAUUGGAAAUGCUGUAUAUUCUAGUACAGGACAAUAUAUAAAACUAUCGCAGAAUUCUAUAAAUAUUGGGGGACAGAGCAUUUCUGGAACGACAUUUAAUUUAACGAAAUCAGCAGACGAUAUUCAUAUGGUUCGAACAAUACGAUUAGAUGAUAUUUUACCAAAAAUACAACACGAAAAUUUCGUCCUUUGUGAUGAAAAUUGGUAUUGA